CGGAUUACAACCUCCAGCGCCCGCGCGCACAUCUGCUAGGAUGUUUACGUAAUAUAUACGUGUCUCUACCAGCUUCGGGUCAAAGAGACGACUUCCUUUUGUACGUAGCAUUGCUCAAAUGUCACAAUACGUAAAUACGCGCAGCGUUUCGGCGCUGUCGCUUUAACCCGAAGACCGGACCCUGUCACGCUGGUUCGUCACAUCACAUCAGUACGAAAUAAGACUGCGUGGACGCCGCUGGUCACUCCACUGGGCAACGAAUCUCGCGCGUAUCUGCGCACUCGACCUUUUUACGAUGAGCGGCGAGACCGUCGCCUGGCUCCCUGAAGAUGCGCUGGAUGUAGAAGUAGAGCCAUGUCUACAUGUGUGAGAGAGGGUGUGUGAGUGUAGUGAUUGAACAGGAUGGGGAAAGAACAGGAACUCUUACAAGCGGUGAAGACGGAGGACCUGGUUACCGUCCACCGGCUCCUGCAGAGACCGAAACAGGGCAAAGCGAAGCUCCUAGGUGCUGCUAAGAAGGUGAAUGUGAACUUCCAGGACACAGACGGGUUGUCUGCCCUGCAUCAUGCUGCUCUUAAUGGUAACGUGGAGCUAAUCGCACUGUUGAUAGAGUCGCAAGCCGUUGUUGACAUCAAAGACCAAAAAGGGAUGCGGCCAUUACACUAUGCUGCUUGGCAGGGCAAGUGUGAGCCAAUGAAAAUGCUGCUCAAGUCGGGAUCAUCAGUCAACAGCCAAUCAGAUGAGGGACAGAUCCCUUUACACCUCUCGUCUCAACACGGCCAUUAUGAAGGAAGUGAGAUGCUGCUCCAACAUCAGUCAAACCCAUGCCUCAGAGACCACGCUGGGAAAACCCCUCUGGACUUGGCCUGUGAAUUUGGACGAGUCACGGUGGUGCAGUUGCUCCUUAGUAGUAACAUGUGUGCUGCUAUGUUAGAACCGAAACCUUCCGAUCCCAAUGGCAUCAGCUCCCUCCACUUAGCUGCCAAGAAUGGACAUAUCGAGAUCAUCAAGUUGCUGAUCCAGGCUGGUAUAGAUAUAAACAGACAGACUAAAUCGGGCACAGCUCUGCAUGAAGCUGCUCUCUGCGGGAAAACUGAGGCAGUGCGACUGCUGCUGGAUAGUGGUAUCAGUGCAGGGGUGAGGAACACAUUCUGUCAGACAGCACUGGACAUUGUAAACCAGUUCACCACAACCCAAGCCAGCAAGGAAAUCAAACAGAUGCUGAGAGAUGCAUCAGCUGCCAUGCAAGUGAGGGCUCUUAAGGAUUAUUGCAACAAUUAUGACCUUACAAGCCUCAACAUUAAAACAGGCGAUAUCAUCACGGUCUUGGAGCAGCAUUCUGAUGGCCAAUGGAAGGGCUGUAUCCAUGACAACCGUACAGGAAAUGACCGUGUGGGGUACUUUCCGUCCAACAUGGUGGAAGUCAUCAAAAGGGCAGGUCCCUCAACCCAACAGUAUCUUAAGAUACAGAUCCGUCCGCCAGCAAUUGGUUCAGUUGUCAUGGUGAACGGUGACUCCUCCCACAUUUUUUCUCUCCCCCUCACCCCCCCUCCUACCCAGCCCCUUUCCCAUCAGCCCCUCUUCACCUCAUUUGGCUAUAAUAUGCCCACCUGCAGAACAUUUGGGUAUGAACCAGCCUCCUCCCGCACAGAGGAGCCGCAAAAAGAGACAGGCUCUAAAGGAUCUGUUUCCAGCCCUCAUGGUUCACCGACCCUCAGCGGCCAGCAGAGCAGCGCUAACGAGGACAUAUGGGUGCUGAGGAAACCUUUAGCAGCUGUGGGCAGUGUUGGCAGCAUGGGCAGCACAGGCAGUCUAAACAGUGGACGUUCGUCUACUAGUGUUCAAAGCAGUAAUGCCAAUGCUCACCUCGCCAACUCACCUGUGCCCGUGCCGACCACCCCAACACACUCACCUGGAAUCAACACACACGGCCUCAAUGUGCCGGGACUGCACGCUCAAGCCGAGGGUGUGAAGCUGUUGGCCACGGUGCUGUCCCAAUCAGCCAAAGCAAAAGAACAUCUUAUGGACCAAUCACAAUCUGUAGAUCCUAUUUCAGGGUCUUCUCAACGCACUCAGAGUGCAUCUGUUAUCCCUCGUCAGCAGAGGAAAAAACCUUUUGUGGAUCCAUUGUUACAGAGGAAAGACGAAGCUUCAGCUGAAAGCAAGACCUCAGAGGCUGUUGUUGAAUGGCUCACUAGUGCUCAGCUGCAGUUCUACACAACAAACUUUCUCACUGCUGGUUAUGACCUACAAACCAUUAGCAGAAUUACACCAGAGGACCUCACUGCAAUUGGAGUGACAAAGCCAGGGCACAGGAAGAAAAUGUUAACUGAGAUCAGCAAAAUUAACAUCCCAGACUGGAUACCUCAAGAGAAACCUGCCAGUCUGGCUGAGUGGCUGUCUGCGAUUGGUCUGAAUCAAUACUAUCAGACUCUGGUUCAGAACGGUUAUGACAAUAUGGACUUCAUUAGUGAUAUUACUUUGGAGGACCUAAAGGAGAUUGGCAUCACUAAACUAGGACACCAGAAGAAGUUGAUGUUAGCUGUCAAACAACUGAGUGAACCCCCACCAGAAGCAGACAUUCCCAGCAAGGAGAGCCAGUCAGAAGAAAGCAAAGACUCAAAACAAUCAUUAGAAACCAGUGUGACCAGCACAGAACCAGAUGCAAACUCUGCCCCCUCUGUUAGAAUACGCAAAAGAUCGGAGGGGCGUGGCUCUCCCCGGCACAGCACCCAAGGGCGUGGCAUACAAAGAGCUAAUGUCCCUCCCCCUCUGAAAAGGCCAAGCUCAAUCGAGAGCCCCACCCAAACACCUCCUCACACCCCUACAAAAGGCAGAACCCCCUCUUCUGCUUCAAGUUCUCCUUCACACACCCCUUCCUCCCCACUGAAAACACAGAGCAGGGCCAGAGGCUCUUGUGACUCACCGCGUUCACACACUAACGCCCGUACUGUCCCAUUACUUUGCCUACCGCCUAAAGGAGACACUGAAGAGGGCAACGGUCAAACAUCUACACUGCCAAGGCAUGGAAGGUCCAUUGAUGCUGAUCAUGAGUUACCCUUGCCAGAUUACUCGGUGAAAUAUGCCACACUAGGUGGACAUACAGGUACUCCCAGUAGCUCUGCAAAAACCACAGGAGAAACCCUUGACAUCAACAGUGUCAAUCGCAGUCAGUCGUUUGCCACAGCUCGGCCUCGAAGAAGGAUUCGUCCCCCAACUCCACCCAAACGCUCCUGCUCUUCUAUAUCCACGGGUAACCUGGCUGAUGAGGCUGCGGCAGAUGAUUUAAGGUCUAACAGGGCUAACAGUUUGCUACUCAAUGUGACAUACAGGGAGCGACGGCGUAGCGACUGUGGCAUUGCCUCUGAAAAAACUUCAUCUGGGGGUAGCGUCAGAGACAUUGCGGCCAUGCUUGAAAUGUCCAAUCUUGGGAGCAGUGGUAAGGGAAGUGGCAGUACUUAUUUGCAGGCGAACCAAAACCUCCUGCGGCAGAACCGUGACGCUUUGAGUUCAGAUGAAGACUGUCGUCGCCGCACAAUCAGUGGACCAGUACCUGGAUUUUCAGACUCUCAGAAGCAGCCUGGUGAAUAUGUACAAGAAGCUGAGAUUCCUUCGCAUCAUAGAACAGCUCCUCAAGAAAAACCCUCAAAUAAACAGGUCCCCGAGCCACGGCCACGUUCCAUGAUCAGUCAUCUCGAUGAGGGCAUUGCUUCUCUGCCACAAGAGGUGUGGUCACGGAUGGAUGCCACAGCAACUUUGAGAAGACCACGCCCAACACAUCACUCCGACGGUGAAAAUUUUAACCUGACAGAAAGCGGUACGAUAAAGCGAAGGCCUAAAGCAUUAGCUCCACCACAAAGUAAUGGAACACAUGGAGGUGGGCCAGAGAACGCUCGGAGAAGGCCUGUAUCAGAAGCUUGUGUUGGUGAUGGUGGUAGAGAGGAAGUACCUGAUAGCUUUGGCUCUCUUCCCCGACAAAUACCGAAACCCUCAAUUUCACCCAAACCAGCAAUGGCCCUUCAAAAAGCAGAUCCCUCAACCCCUACAAAGAGGGUUCCCUUACCAGGACCAGAAGGUCAACAUAGUCCAGUGGAAGUUAAGAAAAUCCCUCCUCCAGUAUCUCCCAAGCCAAGUCCGCCUCCUACACUGCCUAAACCAGUAAAAAUCAAGCCGAUCCUUACCAUCGGAACUACCAGCUCCCCUCAUGCAGACACUCUCAGCCCAUCCAGUGCCUCCUUCAGCCCUGCUUUAGCUGAACUCCAAGUGGAGUAUCCACCACAGACUUUGAGUCCAGUUACCCCAAAACCAACAGAGGGGAGCACACUUUCCACACGAGCAGCAACUUCUCCUGCCCAGAGCCCUCAGACACCCCAAACCCCCCAAACCCCCCAAACACCAUCUACGCCAGGGUCAGGCUCAGCUCCAGUAAAGCCACCAAGAUCCUCCAUGGCUGGUCUCUCAGUGGACAUCCCUAGUCCUCUGGAAGUUGAGCAUCCUGGAGUGGAGGUUGUGCAAAAGAGACUGAGAGAAGUAGAGAAGCAGAGAGAGGAAGAGGAAAUGAGGAAUGAAGACAAGAUGGAGAGGAUGGGUCUGAUCCAGGUGGAUCCAGCAUAUGAAGGAGAACAAGGCGGGAUUUCAGGGUUCUCUGGAGAAAGUCAUGUCACAGAGAGAGGGGAGGGGGCGGGGCCUGUGGUUAUGAGGAGAAGGAAGGUAGGUGUUGCCAAACAGACACAAGUAGAGGGCGAACCACUAGAUGGAGAUGGAAAAACAGUGGUGGUAAGCCAAGGGUUAUUGAAGAUUGCUGAAACAGGGGGCGUGAAACAACUCAGACUGGAUGAAACCAGCGCUUCCCUAGCUGCUGCUCUGGAAGUAGUCGAAGAGAAGAUUAAAAAGGAGGACAGCUCUGUUGUGGAAAACAAGAGCACAGUCAAUAUCCUGGAUGACAUCGGCAGCAUGUUCGAUGAUCUUGCUGACCAGCUGGAGGCCAUGUUAGAUUAAAAAUCACAAAGAUCAGAGAUUACAUUGGGAUUUCAAAAUGUUGAAGCUUCAAGUUUCUCAGCGAGGAUAAGCAAAACCUACUUCGCACGCACUGGAUGAUUAUGCCACAUAGCAGGAACUUAAGUGUGGUCAGAUUGCAGGCAGUGGAACAUCGAUGACAUACAAAUUUGUCCAAUUAAAACAAGGAUAUCUAAAUGCUGAAUUUCUAAAGCCAGAGAUCUACAUUUGAAUGAAAAUCUCUCAUUUUACUGGAACAUCUGUAACCCCUUCAUUCUCCACCAGCCUUUCGUCUUACUCUAGAGGCCAGAAUAGGUACUGCUGGUAUAAAUUGCUGGUAUAUAUCCAAACCUGUAGAUAAGGCCUGCAACCAUGCUGCUUCCAGAGAUAAGCACAAUUUAAAGAGAGACUAUAUAACAAGCUUUCUAAAUGUCAUUUAAGCAGAAAAAUGCUAAUAUGUGGGAAUGUGUGUACCAUAUGUGAUGUGAGAAUAUUGAUGAAUAUGACAAAUAUUUAUUUUAAUGGUUGUGCAAAAAGCACUAAAAGGCACAUCAUGUGCUCAUUUAUGAUGUUUGGAAGUCAGGAAUGUCCACAUCUCUGGAGCUGGAGUCUUAUUUUAAAGGGGAACUUUAAAUUUCACCUUAUAGUCUUCAGCUGGACAAGUUACUGAAAAACACUUGGUUUGGACUGAAUAAAUAUGAAGAGCACAGCCCGAUUUACAGUAUGACCCUGAAAAUAUUCUCACCUUUUUGGAAUGCUUUGUCCACUGUCAAGGUUUCUUAGUUCCUUAAAGAACUGUAAUGAAGAAAAGCUUUGAACUUAAAGAGGUAUAUUGUAAUCUUCAUGUAUGUCAUUACUGUUGUUGUUGUUGUCAGUGUGUGUGAAUGUUUGACUGUGUAGUGAAGUUUUUGCAUUGACAAAUCCCACCCUGCAGAAGGUUUAAUACAUAGAUAUAGACCGAAUACAGAAUAAGAUGCUGGAAAGAAUAGUGUAUAUAUGACAUAUAGGUUUCACAGUAGUUAUCGUUGAUAGAGUAGAGUAUGGAAUGCAUCAAUAUGGAAUGCUACAGACACCUGCUCAUUCCCAAACAAUGUGUUCUAAUAGUAUCAGUGUUUAUGUACUGUAUGUGUGUGUGUUUGUGUGUGUUGGGGGAUCUGUUUGAGAGAUAGAACUAGGGAGUGUGUGUUUAAAAUUCUGGAGACAGUAUGUUUGUCUUCUCUUACAAAAAUGUACCAUGGUAUUACCAUGUUUUUACGAACAUGUUGAAAGAUUUUUGGAGCUUAGCGUACCAUGUAAAUUCCAUGGUAAUCAUACAGUACCAUGUUUUAUAUCAAAUAUAAAGAGGUACCACCAUAGUACUUUUUUGUAAGGGCUGAAUGUGUAUUGACCUAUUGGACAGUGCAAUUACUCCUGUCAAUGCAAACUAAAAAAAGACUUUACUGACAAGACGUUGCAUAUUCUAUAAGUGUCUAUAAUUUGAUCAUUUAAGAUUAUGUCAUCGCAAGAUGUUUAAGACUACAGAGCAAUAUUUUUAUCCAUGCACCAUGUUAUUAAUUUAGCUUUAUAAGUGAAACUUUAAAACCAGCCAUCUCAGCAGAAGUGAACAUUUCCGACAAUCAUGACAAUGUUGUUUUUGAUUCUGACCCUGCACAGUCAAUGGAAUAGAUGUUGGAGUAUAAACUUUUACAGUGUAAAAAAAAAAAAAAAAAAUGGUGUAAUAAUCCAGUUGUUUUUUUGUGUGAACCUUCAGCUGGCUAAUGUGUUUGUCUGAUCCUGGUGAAAUUAUCAUCAAAGACCUCUUCCAUGUAAAGAGCAUUAAGAAUAUGUGGAAUUAGAAUAAAUAAAUUAUGAAUACAACCUCA